AUGAGUAGCCAGGAUUUGAAUACGCAAUAUGAUUUUAGUUGGAUGGUUCCCAUUGAAGUUAUGUUGGGAGCACUAUAUAAUGGAGAAGUUGAAGCAUGCAGCAUCUCCAACGUACCAGAUGAACUUCUGGAAGUACAAGAAGAUGCUUUUAAGCCAAAACAUAUUUCCAUAGGACCCUUACAUAGAGGAGCCACAAGACAUCUUCAAUUAAUGGAAGAACCUAAAUGGCAUUACACGCAUGAAUUUCUAUUCCGACAUGCAACAAAUCCAGAACAAGAUAGAAGUCCCGAGGAGAGGUUAAAAGAAUGUGCCUUUGACAUUGACAAGUUACAUAAAGUGAUAUGUGCAAGCUAUGGUGGCAGCAACAAUAACAUCAUCAAAGAAACAGAUCCACACGAAAUCGCUAAAAUAAUGAUCGUAGAUGGUUGCUUUUUGUUGGAGCUUCUAGUUAGGCUUGGGAAAUACAUGGAGAACAAAGAGACAUAUUAUCAUAACAACGACUCAAUUCUUACUUCAGAGGAAAAGGUGUUAUCUGUUUUAAACGAUGUGGUAAUGCUUGAGAACCAGAUUCCAUUCAUUGUUCUCAAGACGUUAUACAGAAAAGUAUAUCCUGAUAAUAGUAUAAUCGAAGAUGAUCAUCGUGUUGCUAAUAUCGUUCGUAAGGCCUUUGGUUACCCUUCUGUGAAUAGCUCAGGAGGUGUUCAUAUACUACAUUUGAUGCACUUGUCUACAGUGCAAAAAAAGCACCAGCCUGAAGGAAAAAAGGCAAAGUUAGAAUUAUUGUCUUGUGCUACAAAGCUUCAUGCUUCCGGGGUAAUAAUUCGAGCAAAGUUUUAUAACAAAGAUCAACAGCAGCAUAAGUUGGUGGAUAUAUUUGAUUUUGGUAUAAGUUUUAGUGAUUCAGGAGAGUUGGAAAUUCCGCCGUUACAUGUUAAGGAAACAACCGAAGUGAAGUGGAGGAAUUUGAUUGCUUGGGAGCAAAGCAAAAUUUGGACUACAUGCAAAUACACUUCCUAUGCACUUUUCUUUAGUGGUUUGAUAUGUUGUGAGCAUGACAUUGAAUUGCUUAAGAAAAAAGGGAUUAUUGUGAAUAAGAUGAGCAUUGGCAAUGAAGAUUUGUUGAAACUAUUUCGCACGAUUUCGAAAGGAGCUCAGCGAAUGGAUUUGAGUUAUAGUGAUACUUGUGCCAGGUUGAAUGAGUAUGCCAACAAGGGAAUGAAAGUUACAACAGUCUUGCGAAAAAUGGCUAUAUGUGUUUGGCAUGAAUGUAGGAAAUUUUUUGAUGUUGUUGUGUUCUAUGGUCGAAACUGGUACAAAAUUUUGAUACGUGACCAUAUACCUACAGUGUGGAAAUUCAUAGGAAUUAUGGCUGCUGCAUUUCUCCUAGUUCUUACUAUGAUGCAGACAUAUUAUUCAUCUCGCAGUGCCCAAUGUGUUUUCUUGUUAUUGCCACAUAGGAUGUUUUAUCAAAAUGUUGCAUUUAUUCAUCUUUGA